AUGGAUAUUGCCGCAGAAGAUAUAUUACGCGAAUGCGGCGAAUUUGAACCCUAUCAAUGUAUAAUGCUUCUUAUGUUUUGUAUAAUCAAUGUUCUAGUAUCUAUUCAUUACUUUUCACAAACAACAAUUCUAUUUGUGCCUGAUCCCUGGUGUUAUUACGACGACAUCGUAAAUAAGUCAAUAGAUCAAAUACGCGAAAUAUAUUCAAAUUAUUCGAAUCCUUCAUGCACACCAUACAAAACUGAUGUUUCAUCCGUUGAUUUUUUCGGUGCAAACAAUACAAAUGAUGGAGCAUGUGAUCGAUGGAUCUAUGAAUAUGAUCAUGGGUAUAAAAGCAUGAGCAGUGAAUUAAAUUGGGUGUGCGACUCAGCAUGGAAAUCGACAAUUGGUCAGUCAAUGUUUUUUGUGGGUUCAGUUUUCGGAACAACAAUUUUUGGUGCAAUGGCCGAUUCAAUUGGUCGUCUUCCCGUCCUAAUUUUCUCCAAUGUCAUGGCACUUAUAGACAACGGGCCGUAUUCGUAA